AUGACAUCAGUUAACGAAGAUAUUCAAUGGGGAAAGGUUCUUAUUUGCGGAAACACUUCCUGGGACAACAUCAAACGAAAGACAAAGACCGAUUCUGGUGAAGAAAUUCCUAAAUUGCUCGGACCUAACCUUGUUCGUGAACUUAUUGAUAUAAAAGUAACUCAAGCAAUCACAGGCCCAAAUGCAUGCCAUUCAGUUAUAAUCAGUCAAGAUGGAGAGACAUGGGUGUUUGGAAGAAACGAAAAAGGACAAUUAGGCUUGGGAGAUAUUUUAGCUCAGGACUACCCAAUCAAUGUUAGAACCAACAAAAAUAAUGAAAAUCUAUUUGGUGACGAAAAGUUUAUCACUGCAGCUGUUGGUAGAAAUCACACUAUGCUAGUGGCAGAAUCCGGCAAUGUCUAUGCCGCCGGAGACAAUAAGUGUGGCCAGCUUGGUGUUCCAGAGUUUAAGAACUACACGAAUUUCUUAAAGGUCCCUGGACUGGGAAAAGAAAAAGUUAUUCAGGCCGCUUGUGGCGCAGAGUUUACCUUGUUACUCACUGAGAGUGGCCUUGUAUACUCGUUCGGCUCUCAAGAAUAUGGACAGCUUGGAAACGGUGUGACAGGAGAGUAUCUCAAGUCUGCAGGUAGACUUAUGUCUCAACCCCAGCCAUAUCCAUCUCCAAUUCAGCACAUCAAAAAAAUCAAAGUUGUAUCAAUUGCAUCGGGUACAAACCAUAGUUUGGCAUUGGACGACGAAGGAUUUGUUUAUUCUUGGGGUUUUGGUGGCUAUGGUCGCUUGGGUCAUAGUGAACAAAAGGAUCUCUAUGUCCCUACUGCGAUUUCUGCCUUUGCAGGCCACGUGAGAACAACCAGAGCAACCGCCAUUACUUGCGGUGCAACAUGCUCCAUGGCAGUAGACGGCGUAAAGCAGCUCUUGCUUUGGGGAAAGUGGAAAAAUACUGGUGACGGUAGCUCAGGACAGCCAUGGAUGCAUCCUCGAUACUUGCAUGACCUCAACGGAUGGGAUAUUCAUGAUAUUUCAGCAGGAAACCAGAGUUUGUUUGCAGUUGCAAGAAAAGAAAAAACAACCAUUGCAUGGGGUCAAGUCCAGAAUGCUGAAUUAGGUUUCGGUGAGGAUGGAGGACCACUAUCCUCUACAAAGCCUCAGAAAGUCGAGCCUUUAGAGGGCGUUGAGACAAUUAGUGUAUCUGCUGGUGUAGGCCACACCCUUUUCCUUGUGAAGCCAGAUGACAAAAUUGUACCUGAGCUUCCUAAAUGGCCAGCAGGUCCAGAGGUUGACGAGAAUUGUAUGCAUUGUCACAAACAGGACAACGAAGAGAAACUCUUACUGUGCGACAAGUGUGAUGCAUCUGUACAUACUUACUGUGCUGUACCUCCUCUCGACGAAAUUCCUGAAGGUGAAUGGUACUGUGAUGUCUGCCACCCUCCAUCCAAGGAUGCAGGAAACAAGAAGGGUGCUCGUAAUAAGCGAAAGGGCGGGCAGGAUAAUGAAGAAACUAGCGAAAAGAACAACAAGAAGAAGCGCGGGAAUUGA